CGCUGCCACGCGGCGCAGCCGCUGCUUCCUCCUCCCGCCGGGGGCAGCGAGCAGCCGACAGAGCCUACUGACCUCCGCACCCGCGGUCCCGAGCUGGGCUGCAGUGAGUCGCAGGACUUCCCCUGUCCCUCCAGCCUACCUCAGGAAGCCGGUCUGGAUCUGACACCUGGCUGAGGGAGACCUGUUGCAGGAUCAGGCCACCUGUACCAAAAGUGUUUCAUGGAGGACUCUGAGGAUGAUCCAACCAUAUUCAGAGCCCACUGCAUGCCCAGUGACCCCCGGCUCUGGGCCACUGUAACCAACUCAUAUCUGGGUACACGUGUGUAUCAUGACACAGUGCAUGUUAAUGGUGUGUACAAUGGGGCUGGAGGGAAUACUCACAGGGCAAUUCUGCCCAGCCCCCUCAAUGUCUGGCUGGAGGCCCCUGCAGGGAUUGGAGAACAACUAACCAAGACCUUCUCCCUGGACACCAACACAGGUUCCUUUCUGCACACCCUGGAAGGCUCCAGCUUCCGGGCUUCCCAGUGCAUCUAUGCUCACCGUGUGCUGCCCCAUGUUCUGGCCUUCAGAGUGUCCAUUGCACGCUUGACCACAAGGAAACAAUCCAUCACAGUGCUGCUACGGUCAGCCUUCUCCCCAGAAAGCCCAGACCUGGACCUUCAUGUGGGGCCUGACUUCCAGGGUGUCCGGUACCUGCAUGGCCAUACACUCACCCCUGAGCAGCCAGGGGAGCCACAGCAGGAGGUUCACAUGCUAUGGAUGCCAGUGCCCCCAGCCUUGACCCUUGGAGAAGAUGAGAAGGACAGGACCUGGGACUUUCUGACUGUGGUGGGCGGCAGCCAGGCUGAGACCCAGGGCUGCUUUGCUGAGGCUUUGCACCUGCAGACCAGGGGCAUUCUAUACACCACCCAUGCAGAGGCCUGGGCCCAGCUCUGGGUGGGCUGUGGCUUGGACAUGGCUGGGCCCCUGGCCCUGCGCCAGGCCCUCCGUGGCUCUCUCUACUACCUGUUUAGUGCUCUGCCCCAACCUGGCACCCGAGGAUACAUCAGCCAUGGGCUCAGUCCUGGGGGCCUCUCCAAUGGGAGCCAAGAGGAGUGCUACUGGGGCCACAUCUUCUGGGACCAGGACCUCUGGAUAUUCCCAAAUAUCCUGAUGUUCCACCCAGAGGCUGCAAGGGCUAUCCUGGAGUACCGAGUCCGUACGCUGGGAGGGGCCCUGAAGAAUGCCCAGAACCUGGGCUACCAGGGAGCCAAGUUUGCUUGGGAGAGUGCAAGCACUGGCCUGGAGGUCUGCCCUGAGGACAUAUAUGGGACCCAGGAGAUCCAUAUCAAUGGGGCAGUAGUAUUGGCCUUCCAGCUAUACUACCACACCACCCAGGACUUGCAGUUCUUCCAAGAAGCUGGUGGUUGGGAUGUGGUCAGUGCUGUGGCUGAGUUUUGGUGCAGCCGUGUGGAGUGGAGCCCCCAGGAGAAAAAGUACCACCUGAAAGGAGUCAUGCCCCCUGACGAAUACCACUCAGGAGUCAACAACUCUGUGUAUACCAACGUCUUAGUCCAGAACAGUCUGCGCUUCACUGCUGCUUUGGCAGAGGACCUGGGUCUGCCGGUUCCCAACCAGUGGCUGGAGAUAGCUGAUAAGAUCAAGGUGCCCUUUGACCCUGAGCAGAACUUCCACCCUGAAUUUGAUGGGUAUGAGCUUGGAGAAGAAGUAAAGCAGGCUGAUGUUGUGCUACUGGGAUACCCAGUCCCAUUAUCCCUGAGUCCUGACAUCCGAAGGAAAAAUCUGGAGAUUUAUGAGGCUGUGACAUCUCCCAAGGGCCCUGCCAUGACCUGGAGCAUGUUUGCUGUGGGCUGGAUGGAGCUGAAGGACCCGUCAAGGGCUCAGAUCCUCCUGAACAGGAGUUUCACCAAUGUCACAGAGCCCUUCAAGAUAUGGACUGAAAAUGCGGAUGGAUCUGGUGCAGUGAACUUCCUGACAGGCAUGGGGGGCUUCUUACAGGCAACACUCUUUGGGUGCACAGGGUUCAGGGUCACUGAAGCAGGUGUGACCUUUGACCCCCUGUGCCCAGUGGGAGUCUCUGGACUGUGUGUCUCUGGCAUCUCCUACCAGGGGAACAAACUCAACUUUGCCUUCUCCAAGGACUCCAUAACAGUUGAGGUCACAGCCCAGGAAGGGCCCUGCGCCCCUCUGCUAGAGGCUGAGCUGUGGCCAUCACAGGCCCGACACCUUCUGUCACCAGGACACAAGGUCUCCUUUCCCCACUCAGCUGGCCGGAUACAAAGGUCACCUCCAUAGAUGUCCAGAAACUCCAGCUCUUGAGUGUUUCCUGGGAGAAGUUUUGACAUCUUGACGUUAGAAACCUGUUUCAGUGCCUGUGAGACACUCUUGGGGUCAUCACCACAAGCUCCCACACACCCUGCACUAAAAUCUAUCUGGAUCCUGGAACCACCGAGGCUACUGGGCCUCCCUCCGUGCCUAUUCCCUUCCCCUUCACUCCCCUCUCCCUCCCCAGUUCUCUAUCCUCACACACUCUCUGGCCUAGGACUGACCUGAGCACCCCGUCCCUUGGCUCCCCAUCUUUGUCUCCCCAGGACUGGGCCUUAACUUUGUUGCUCACCUCUGGCUUCUGGUCCCUGGACUGCUCUGGUCACGGGGCUGGGUGGGGAAUGGCCAGCAGCUCUGAUGAGAAGGUGGUCGGCAGGGAGGGACAUGGAGUCAGGGGCUUAGCUUUCCCAGAUAGGAGUUUCUUGUGGCAUAUAAUUGGGACCAGACUGAGCUAGCCAAAUAAUCAAGGAUUUUGGGGGACUUGGACUCCCAAUUCUUUAACUCCUCUUGACUCUGGAGUCAGAUGGUCUCUGGCAUAGUGGCCUAGGGUGAGAGCUGUCCUUAACCAAGUAACCUAUUAGAAGGAAGGCAGAGCUUUCGCCAUAGAACAAGACAGAUGGACACUACAGCAAGACCUCAAGUUCCUGGCUGGCCACCAGAGGAACUGGAGUCAGAUGUGCAGGAUUCCAGGCCAUGGUCCUGGCCAUCUGUGCUGAAAGGCUGCCUACAGCUGGAAGGCCUGCCCAGCCUCUGCUCCUGGGGCCUCAGCUCCUGGCAUACUUUAUCAGUAUUUCCCAAGAACAUACUAUCUAGGGCCAAGAUCCUAGUGAGGUCUGUGCCCCUGCACCAAGACAGUCUGACCAAUUAAAGUCAGUGAUGGAAAAAACUCCUGAAGUUAGAAUGUGUGAUGGACCCAUGUCCCUUUGCACCUGGGGACAGGAGAUGCUAAGACUUCAAAGCUCAGGGGCAAGUUGGAUCCUUGUGUCUCCCCCCUCCUCCACCUUCUUUGUGGUGGGUCAGGUGCUGCCCUAGCAGAACUGGAUGUUCAUCUGUAGCUCCAGAGUCAGGACUGGACAUGGGCACCAGAACAGAGUGGUAGGUAGCACUACACACACAGGAUGGAUGUAAUCAAGUACUUGAAUGUGCAUGCCACCUGUGUGUGUACAGUCACCUCUGUGCAUGUAGUGUGAUAAGCCCUUGGGGUCGUGGUAGUUGAUAGAGCGUGUGGGCUGGCACUGCUGGUCAGGUCUAGGAGCCUAGGGCAGGGGAGGCUGCUGGUGAUGCUUCUCCAACUUGACCACAUGCUCUGUUCUCAGCACCUGGAUACAAGCCAGCAAUCCUGCUCCUCAUUCUACAUGGGGGCUCGAAAAAUAUCCUAGGGUCAUCUACCCAGGAACAUACAAGUCCCCUAUUCCCAUUCUAUGGAGCCAACAGAGGUUGACCCCUUCUUGAACCAAACCUGGUCAGCACACUGUAUUCAUCUUUGUCUAAACAUAGCCACACACUGUCCUUGGCCCCGGUCAACGAUUGGACUAGUGCCUCACAUAGGCUGAUACCUCUCUACCCCCCUAGUCCCCAACACAUACCCCUACCUCCAGAGUUUGGCGUGACACAAUGUCAGUAGCCUGGGACUCCUCUGGACUCAAGCAUGCAACAGAGUGGGGGGCUGCCCAACCAGAGCAGCUAGGCAGAGACCCUAACCUCCAGCCCAGGAAGAGUUGGCAAGCAAAGGGACCUCUUGAGAAGGCAAGGGACCUGGGUGGAGUAUUCCCACCCUUGAGCCUACUUUUGGUUAAGACCCACACAGUUAGCCUGCUCUGUUAUUAGCCUGGCCACAACAAGACCCUGGGGGCCUCACUGUGUGUGUGUGUGUG